CAUGCAUAUCAUGUACAUAUAUGUGUGCGUAGUUGUGUGUGGGGAUACUUAACUUCUCGACCGACGCGGAACGAAUCGUGGAAAUAUACCGAUUUCCAUGAACGAAGCACUGAAAAGUGCAACGUGUGGAACUGUUUUUGGUGUUAGGAUCCGUCAGGGUCCCGUUUGCGGUCAAUUUUAGCGGUGGGUGGACCUUUAAAAACGAGCCCACAUUUCGUUAUCACUGAGUCAUUUCCCUAGACUCGGCGUAUGUUGUGUGUGUAGAAAAGCAACAUGUCUGAUGGACGAUACCAUUCGUAAAAGCGAAGCAUAAAUCAGCACAGCAAAAUAAAAUUUGCAUCGACCGAGCACAACGACAAAUCGCUCGCCAUCCAAGAAUAAUCCCUCCCCAGUACGUACUGUUCCCACAUCGACUUGGUCGCACUUGCAUAUAUUCCAGACCACAUAAAACCGGAGUCUUGAAAAAGAAAUUGGGGGAUUUGCGUCCUACUUUGACUGCAUGUUAUUGUCAUGAAGGAACGGUCACGGAGUCGAUGGUCUUUUGCAUCUUGGAGACCGCGAAGUAGGAAGAAGGCACGAGAGGCACGAGAGGCAGCCCUUGCAAACAAGAGUUCGACGGACGACAUUCAAGUCUCCUACUCGUCGGACAAUGCCACGCCCGCUGUCAAGGGCACCAUGACGCCGCCCGUGGAGCGCAAGUCCAAGAAGUCCACGAUACCGCGCUUCUUCAAGCCCUGGAAAUGGAAGAGGAAGAAGAAGGCCGAGCCGGGCAAGGAGCCCAUCCAAGCUUUUGGUAAUGAGGUCCCGGAUUCCUCAACUCAACCUCAUUCCCCGACGCAAGAGGUGCCCACUCCAGCUGAUACAGAUGUGACAGCAACAAAUCCUGAGGCUGCAAAUUCAUUUGAUACCUCAACUGGACAGGAUUAUGUCCCUACAUCAGCAGAGAUGUCGGACCAAACAGCCGCCGGGUCGACCGAGGUCACCAAAGUGGAGAUCAACAACGCCGACCCGGACCUGGCCCCGGUACCCGGCGAGCCGGUGCCCAGCCUGGUGACCCCACCGGCGCCUACCUCCCCAGAGGACGUAGCCCCUCCCCUGCCGGAGAAGACAGGCAGGGUCAGCCCGGCCGUGCCGCCGAAGAAGAACCGGUCGCCGGCCGUCCCACCCAAGCGAGGGGUGCGAAUGGGCAACGUUCACGGUGCAGGUUCACCAGCAGUCAACCACACCGGUCGCAGCGUGGGCUUUGAUGCAGGUCAACAAGCUCCUAGAGGAGUGGGCUUCGGCAGUCACGUUCAGAACAUACCGGACACUGACGGCGACGCCCCUGAUCCGAGCGCCGUGGCUGGCCAGUGCAACGGUGACAUCAACCACGCCGAGGACUCGGACGAGGACAGCCUGAGCGAUUACGACAACAAGGAGAACUCGAGGGAGGAGGACAGCGAGUCGGAUGAAGAUUGCAAUACGAGUCUGGUUGCCAGGGUCAAGCGCAACGACAGCCUGGCCUUCCACCUGCGCAACCGGCCGACCCGAGAGGUUCUGCAGGAACGCAACAUCUUGCCACAGAAGAGCAACGACGAGAUGAAACAGAUCAUGAAUGCCAUCGGCAGCAAGCUAGUCCGACGUCUCAGUCAAAGGCCCACGCAAGAAGAACUGGAGCAGAGGAAUAUAUACAAAGCUGAGGCCACGCAUAGGACUGAUAAAGACCUAAUGGAAGAGAAAAGGAGGAAUCUAGUCAGGAAGCUGAGUUUCCGUCCAACCGUCGAGGAGCUGCGCCAGCGCAACAUCAUCAAAUUCAAUGAGUACGUGGAGGUGAUGGAGGCUUUCGACUACGACCGUAAAGCCGAGAAGCCCUGGACAAAACUCACGCCGCAAGACAAGGCAUCCAUUCGUAAGGAGCUGAACGAUUUCAAGAGCGAAGAAAUGAGUGUCCAUGAAGAAAGUAGGAAAUACACCAGAUUUCACCGACCCUGACAUCAGCACUUUGCGGGCUAGUCUCCUCUUCAGCCGCCCUGUACAGACUUUGUACAAUAUUGUAAUUUACCUGUAGGUGUGGAUUUUACUGAAGCAGUCUUUGAUUCUUCGUAGCGUGACCUGUGACCUGACAUGGUGAUCUUUUUCAAAGAACGUCAAGGCGAAGAGAAAAAAAAAAAUCUUUCUUAAUUUUACAGGAAUUAAUUAAACUGGGGAACGGAUUGAAACUUUCACCUUAAAAUUGUAUUUCAAGUAAUGUUUUAUUAACAAUGCAAUGUAAAUUCGCAGAGCGAAAACUCGGAUGGUUUAACGUAUGCUUGAAGGUGACCAUGUACAGCCAUCUUGGUAUUGUACCCUGACUCGCAUAGCAAUACGCCAGUACGAUACCGGUUGUGACAGUAUAGGGGCCUGAUGACAGUUUUAGGCUGAAGACACGUCGGUGUGUUUUAAAGUGAAAAGUUCAGUUUCAUUUUUGAUUCUUCUUAGACAAAGACGACUUUGGACAGUGUUUACAGAGCAGAAUGCUGCAUAUCAUAUCAUUACUUUAGUUUAAUGGUUUAAGAAAAAAUUCAAAAAAAAAUAAAAUUUGCUGUUAAGCUGGUUGUACUGUCAGCUUUUACUGGCAACAAAAUUUUAAAAAACAAAACUGAAUUUUUGACGUGUUCCAUUGAUCCGUCUUUCAUUUUCUGUCGCGGGCAAUUUACAAAAAGCCAACUAAAUUCUCCCCACUGACUCGCAGGUCACACGCUCUAUUUAAGCAUUGCCCUUUUUUUAAAGCAUCUACAUGUAUACAAGCUGUAUGUAAUCCUUUUUAUGCAUGUAAUGAGAAUUUAUUGAUAGCAACGGAGUAUUUGUAGAGAAUGGUUUUCAAUGUAACAUACUAGCUGAAGACCUUUGCUUGUGUUUUUUUUUUUUUUAAUUAUUAAAAAUUUAAAAAAACUAAUCAUCUGAAGCAGGUUGAUUCUGUUAAUAUCUGAUCACGUGCGCUGAUUAAAUUUUUUUUUUUAAACGGUGUGGUGCAAAUACUAGAAGUAGAUUUUUUUUAUAACGCGAAAUAAAUAUUAAUUAGAACUGUGGAAUGUAGUUGAACAAUUUACUCCAAGUGCAAAUUUAAAAACUUUUCAAAAUGUACAGAUUCCUGUUUUUUUCCCCCUGAUUAAUGUCUGGAAAUAAUUGAAGAAUUUACUCGGUAGUUUGUCUGUCCUGGCUGCUUUUGUUUUUUAAUUCAAGAAUCUUAAAGAGGUUUGCAGGGCUAGCGUGUUUUAAGAUGAACUUUAUUUCUGCUUCCAUUUUUCAUAAGGCACCUACAAAAAACAUUUUUUUUUAAAUCCGUAUUAAUGGCAGAAGACAGCAGCUUAAAAAAACAAUGAAAAUGCUGAUUUGUAAAACGCUACUAAACGCAAGUUUUGUUCUGGUUAAUGUCAUUUCAUGAGACUGUCUUGUUAUGUCUGUAUCAUUUGCUCUGUUUUGAAAGUUCAUAACAAAAUAUGUUUUAAAGUCAGCGUGUUAUUUUAGACUGGUGUACUUGUGCUGUUUUGUAGCACAUGGUACAACAUACAUGCACUGUUGGUAUGGGAGAUCUGUUCAGACAAAAACAAACACAACUGGUUUUGAGUUUUGACAUUGGUUUUUCCACACAUACACAUUGAGUUUAUAAUAUAGACCCAAAGUGGCAGGUUUUUUUAUCAGUAUUUGAAACUGGUUGUCCAGAUUUGCCUCGUAUUGGCAAAACGGAUUGAAAUUGCUUUUAACGCUUACAAUGUACAUGUACACAUACCUACAUUUGCAUAUCAACAUGAGCCUACAAGGUGCCCAAAAGAUCCAAGCAUUUUUAGGGCCGAUGUUUAAGUUCUUGUAAAAGAUCUGUGUUGUCCAAAACGGUCAAAAGUACAGAUGUGAAGAAACGCCAUGUGCUAGCCAAACUUGUGUUGCAAAAGAACCAGAAAUAUUAAUUGAUCUUUAAUUUUUUUUUUAGCAAAUUAUGUCAAGCUAAUGCAACGUUAUUUGUUGCCUGAAUUUCUGAUCGCAAUAUUUGUUGGGUUUGCCGAUUUUGUACCAAUGUAUCCCAUCAUGCAGUAGUUAAGUGCCAAAGGUCAACUCUGCUGGACCGCAUCGUACUAAAAAAAAAAAGCAUGCUGUGAAGAUCGUAUUACUCAUUUUUAACAAAACUGCGUAGUUUUAAUUUUCCAAUAGUCUUCCAAAGUUUAGUUAUAAUAAUGAGUUGUUUUGUAGCUGGCUAUUUAUAUUUGAUGUAUUCUGUGAUUGGAAAGGGAUUCUUUUGUUUUGUUUUGACGAUGGACAGAGACCGAUAUUCUUUAAGAAUUUUUUUUUUUUUUUUUAAUUGGACAAAAAUUCAUGUAAUUGACAGACAGGGAUAAGAAUAGCCAUUCAUCGGUCUGGUACCCUGAAGAUAAGACGGAGUAGAUAAGUGUAUACUUCUAUAGGAUGCAGUCUACUAAUAAUAGGCUGUACAAAAAUUAGCUGGCUACGGCUUGGAAAUUACACAUACUCCUAUAGAAGCGGCUACAGCCACUUGCCAUUGACUCAUGUGCACCUGACAGUCGUAGCCAACUGCUUUUGAAGUGGCUUUUUGGUUGAAACUGUUUUAUGGACUUUGUGCACAAUAAAGUCCUCAUUGAUGAAAGCAGCAGAGCAUUGCUGUCACUGUCCGACAUGUCCCUGUCCGACAUGUCCCUGGUAUGCAGCCAUUCGUAGCAUUUAAUAGUGUAAUAGCACACCGGAACCAGUGAGGUCAGAGCUCUCCCUUCUUGACUGGUUCCCUGUUCCAUUGUCAAGCAUACAUUGGAGGGACCGGGAACCAAUCAAAUGAGCCCUUGCAGUUGCGGAGGCAAAAUGUAAAUGCGUAAGCAGCUGCAUGUUGCUUUGUUGUAUAGCGCCCUCUUUAGUUUUUUUUUUUCACUACAAAUUUUGUUUUUACUAGGUUCUUCCCAUGGAGGCUUCGCCAUUAAAUAAACAGGCCUAUGUCCCCAACUCGAAAAUUUGGUAUUUAAACCAAACUAUUAGCAAUUUGAUUAAAAGAACUGAUUGAUUAAUGAAAAAAAGUCCAUUUUUAAAAAUAAUUUUGUCUGUAAAUUUUUUAACCAAUGUAAUUUCUUAACCCGAGUUUGGAUUGAUAAUUAAAAAAAAAAAAAUUUGAAGAAUUGUGAAGGAAGUCAAGUUUCCGAAGGAGACCCAAAUUAUGAAUAAAAUGAGUGUUGGUAUUUUGUAAAAAAAAA